AUGCCAGGACAACAUCUUUUGGGCCUUCGUGCACGCCCUGGACUGGGCCGUCUUAUGGCCGCAACCCGAAUUACACCGCUAGUUCAUCAUCAACUACGGCACUCUUCGACUGCUGCUCCUCGGAGGGGUCCAGGCCCCCUAACCCUCACCCUCACAUCCGCAGUCGCCCUCACUCUCGGCCUAUCCAUUGGCACGCUUUACGGCCGCCUCACUUCCCCUAGCAAACCCCUCCAAUUGGAGAGCCAUGGCCCAAACUCAACCUCAUCCUCCCUAAAUGGGCCUGUGUAUGCCCCCCGCAUGGAACAACUCCACGCUGCCGAAGAAAUCGCCCGUCUCCUUGGGCAAGACGCCGUCGCCUACGAUGAAGACGAGCUCGAGGCUAGGGGGCAUUCGGACUGGAGUACUUCCAAUUCUCCAGAGCGUGCAGUCGCGGUAGUGUACCCCCGUUCAACGGAGGACGUAGUCACCAUUGCGAAGAUUUGCAACCGGCGCAACGUGCCCAUGGUCCCAUACGGCGCCGGGUCGUCGGUAGAAGGGAAUUUUUCGCAGCCCCAUGGGGGAAUAAUCAUCGAUUUUCGACGGAUGGAUCAGGUCGUGGCGGUUCACCCGGAAGAUAUGGAUGUUGUUGUGCAGCCUGGUGUGAACUGGGUCGAGCUAAACAAGCGUUUGACUCAGCAAGGGCUCUUCUUCCCCAUGGACCCCUCCCCGACUGCCACGAUCGGGGGGAUGGUGAGCACCAACUGCUCGGGGACAAAUGCCUUCCGGUAUGGGACGAUGAAGGACUGGGUGGUGAACCUGACUGUUGUGUUGCCUGACGGAAGGGUGGUCAAGACGAGGAGAAGGCCGAGAAAAUCAUCUGCGGGGUAUAACCUUACCCAGCUGUUUGUUGGGGCUGAAGGGACGUUGGGGAUGGUGACCGAGAUUACCUUGAAGUUGGCCCCAGUGCCAGAGGAGACUUCCGUCGCGGUCGUGCCAUUCAGGGACGUGAAGGACGCAGCGGCAGGGGCGGCCGCCCUAAUCAGGGCUGGUAUCACGGGCCUGGCGGCGAUAGAAAUCAUGGAUGAGCGACAGAUGGAGAUAUUGAACAAGUAUGGAAGUGCAACAGUCAAGCAGCGGCAUUGGGCCGAGCAGCCAACGCUGUUUCUCAAGUUUGCGGCAACCAAGGAGACGAUUGGGCCAGAUAUUUUACGAACUGAAAGGAUCCUUACGGAAGCUGUAGGGAAAGUUCCGUUCGAAUUUGCUCGGACGAAGGAGGAGGAGCAUGCCCUUUGGGCAGGGAGGAAGGAAAGCUUGUUCACGAUGGCGAGUAUCAGGCCUGAGGGGACACAGAUGUGGUCUACCGACGUGGCAGUUCCUAUCUCGAGGCUGGCGGACAUGAUUGAGUGGAGUAAGAAGGAGUGCUCGCAGUUGGGCAUUUUUGCGAGCGUCGUGGGCCAUGUUGGAGACGGGAAUUUCCACGUUGCGAUGAUGUAUGACCCCAGAGACAAGGAGCAGACGGCUGCUGUGGAGAGGUGUGUGAAGGGGAUGAUGAAGAAGGCUUUGGAAAUGGAGGGCACGGUCAGCGGUGAACACGGCAUCGGCAUUGGGAAGAAGGGGUCAUUGAGGGAAGAGGUAGGCGAGGAGACCAUCGAGCUGAUGAGACGGAUUAAGAGAGCAGUCGACCCCAAGUGGGUAAUGAAUCCUGGAAAGAUAUUCGACUGGAAGUAG